AGCCAAAAAGGACGGUGAGAAUUCAAGGACGCUUUCACUUUUUUUCUACUUUCCCGCGCGAAUCACGCAGGCGGGGUGUGUUUUUCGUUCCCAUUUAUCUUUCUGUCCUGAAGAACAAAUGUCUGGACUGGUUAAUUUCGAAGAUGAAGAGGAAGUGAAAGUUUAUUUGGAUAAUCUGGGAACAGAAUAUAGUUUCCAGUGCUACAAGGAGCACGAUCCUGACGGUUGCCAACGUUUAGCUGAUUAUCUAGCUGGAAUAAAAGUCAACUUUGAAGGAGCUGCAAAAGUUCUAAAGGAGAACUGUGAAAAUAAUCAACACAGUGAGAGCUGCUACAAACUUGGAAAUUACUAUUUGACUGGAAAAGGUGGGCUUCCAAGAGAUGUGAAAACUGCUUACCAAUGUUUUUUGAAAUCUUGUGAAAAAGGUGGGAAAAAAUCCAUCAAUGCUUGUCACAGUGCUGGAUUACUGCUACAAGAUGGACAAGUAACUGAGGAUGAGAAGCCUAAUGUUCCUUUAGCCAGGGACUAUUAUAGUAAAGCUUGUGACAAUGAUUUUGCCCCUAGCUGCUUCAACCUAAGUACUAUUUAUCUUCAAGGAGCUCCUGGGAUAUCAAAGAAUAUGAGUCAAGCAUUGCAGUAUUCUCUAAAAGCAUGUGACUUGGGACACAUGUGGGCCUGUGCCAAUGCUAGCCGAAUGUACAAACUGGGGGAUGGAAUUGAGAAGAAUGAUGCCAAGGCUGAAACCUUAAAGAACAGAGCAGAAACCUUAUACAAAGAACAGAACACUGUAAAUACUUUAACAUUUGGACAGUAGGCCUAAACAAAUAAUCUACUUUGAAGAAGAGUACUUUGUUAAAUAGGGCAGGUAUUUAAUCUCUAGAUUUAUUCUCUCGAAUGUUCGAAACUUGUAAAUGAAACUUUGUAUAAUUUAUUGCAUAAGGCAAUAAAAGAACUGGAUUUUAUGUUACUUUUUACUCUGCAACCCAGUGAAAUGUUGGAAAUAAAUUUGUAAAGCUCUAGGGAAGGGCUAUCAAACUCCCUGCCCACUGGCCAGAUGCGUCACACACUGGCCACGCUCAUGCCCGGUUUAGCAAAGGGGGGGAAAGUCCUGAUAACAUCACGUGACGAUUUCAUGAUGAUGCAAGUUGGGCACCCCUGCUCAGGUCUCUGCCUAUUACGAAGACAGAACAGAAUCAAGGAUUUCGAAAAGCCAUGCUCCCCACUCUUCUUACCUGAUUUGUUAUAAAGGUCAGAUUUAAGUCAAUAUGGUGAACUAGUUCUUAAAUGCAUUUUGAAAUUACAUACAGAGAAUGAACCAUUCAGGUCUUAGUUGUGAUGCAGAAAUGCAUGCCAGGCAAUACUGUAGAACCUAUUCCUGUCAAGUAGCAGUUCUGUUCUGUAGCAAAGCCCUUUAUUCAAUUUCAGACAACACCAAAACACUCUUUAGAAUAUAUCUUGGAAUCCGACAAGUCAUGGGUAAUCAUUGCUUCCACUGUGUGUGCUUGUAUGCACAUUUCUAAAAAACAGCAUGGAAGAGAAAUCUUAAUUGCUGGAUCACUGGGUAGGAGAGAGAAGUAAUUAAAGUCCUCUUGAAAUCCUUAAAUCCUCCUAAUGAUCCUUAUAGGAGAAAAAUACUUGUGUGAUGUGCAAGCUUGACUAUUGCAACAUACUCUAUACAGGGCUGCCCUUGAAGACCACACAAAAGCUUUAAUUGGUCCAGAACCGCAGUGGUGGUGAUGGACAUGACUUAAGUGUUACAUAGCUCCUCCUAUGUGAGCUGCACUAGCUGCCAGUUUGGUUCUGAUUGUGAUCAAGGUGCUGGCCAUUAUUUAUAAAACCAUACAUGGCAGCAUGCUGGUUAUCUCCUGUGUCAUCUGCCCAGCCUCUCCAAUCCAGCAGUGUUGGCAUGCUUCAGAUUCUUUUGAUUCAACAAUGCCAUCUAAAGGAAGGAAGGAAGAUUUAUAAAAAGAAGGGAUGCUAUACUAUGCACACUUGCAAACUUAGCAUUACAUUGAAAAAUGUACCUGUUAGACCAUUAGAACUUUAAAAAAUAUUAGAUUAGUUUCUAAACAAUUUUUUCAGGCAAAUAUCCAAAAAUUCACAUUAAUUUAAAAGAAAGAAGAGUUGUCCACACAAGAAAGGAGAUGGACACAGGAAAUAUUUUAUAGUGGAGCCCAUUCAGCAUUAUAAUCUCAAAAAAAAUGGUGUGUUAGACUUCAUGGAGAAAAUGUAUGUGGAUGCUAAGAGUUUUAAACAACUUGAUGAACCACAAUUAAUAAUCGGACUAUUUGGCUGGAGCUUCAGUGAUCUUUUCUUGCAAUUGAUUGCUCUCGUGGAAUGGCUCUGCAACUGGUACAAAAAUUAAAUUUGUUGCAGUAAUUUCAGCAUGAGAAGCACUGUUAUGAAUUUUCUUUAAAUUAUGCUGAAUUACACUAUAAUCCUUUUUUUUUGCAGGAAAAUAAACUUAUAUUUUUCUCUAUUAAGUAUGCUGUGAGAAGCAUCUACAGUAGAAAACAGUAGUAUAUGUCUCCUAUAUAGAAUGUGUAAAAUUCAUCAACUCAGGAACCAACUACUUGGGUUUCCUUUUGGAUGAUGCUGUUCCCUCCAUAUUAAGUCAUCCUAGGGACAAAGGACAAUUUGGCAUGUUCUGAAAGUAAAUACUUCAAACAGGAAGUAGUUCCAAGUGUUCUAGAGGUAAUGUUGCAAGUAAAACAAUUUCAGAACUCAACUGCAGCUCACCUUAAAAUUCUUUCAGUUCAGAGGAGCUUUUUAAAAAAAAUAUAACUGAAGAAAUUAAAAGAAAUGAUGAGAUUUGCAGUUAAUAAGUGGGUGCUUUUUUUAAAGAGCAACCUUAGCUAAAGAAAAAAUGAAUGUAUAUAGAAACUGCUAAGGCAGAGAUGCUAAUAAGAAUGUUUUUAGAAUUCAGGACCAGCUCAUAUAAUAGGGGGAUUACACUCAAGCAUGCACUAAUAUAAAGAAAUAGGAUCUGGGUUUUCCUAUCAGGAAAAUAAUAUUCUCUCUCUGGCAUAAGUUUGGAAUAUUUAUUUGAAUACAGUGGGAGUUCAGUUUAUAUAUAAAAGUCUUCAGAAAACAAUCAUAUAUUUCUCAGUUAUCUUAUUUUUGAAAGUUAGCUUAAAUAGUAAAAUUGAUCCACAUGGUAUAACAAAACCCUGAUAUCUUAUCCAUUCUGAAGCAGCACCCUCACCCCACUUCAAGGCAUCUGAAUGAAUUUUUUUUUAAUUUGAAUUUAUAUCCUGCCCUUCUCCGAAGACUCAGGGCGGCUUACACUGUGUUAAGCAAUAAUAAUAUUAUUAUUUUAAUAAUAUUAAAAUAUAAUUUUAAUAAUAAAAUUGCAGAUUAAAUCAAGAUGUGUUUGCUUACUUUUUGAUUUUGUUUAGAAUAGCACUGAGCAGGAUGGAUCAGUCCAAAUGGCUUAUUUCUAUUUCAAUGAAUAGUUUUUUAAAUUGUAUUUGGUAUUUUUUUUUCUGCCACUAGGAGGCACCCAAGGUUUAAAAUCUGCACUAUGGCAGAUCCUUCAUAGCUAGUCCUCAGGAGGCUGAUUUCCAAUGUGAGAAAAAACAAGUCAAUUUGCAGUAUGAUUUUUACUGCAAUUUAUCAUCAUUAGACUUGGAACUAAGGAACUAAUUUAAGCACUCAGCAAUUUCAUAUCCCAAGUGUUUACUCGUGGGGAUUUCUAAAUUGCACUAUUUUACUACUGGGCAGUAGAGAGCAGUGGAGGGAUUCAGCCAGUCCAGG